CCUGGCCGAGGCCGCGCAAGGGCGCUGUUGCUGCCAGUGCCGCUGUCAUGGCGUCUGAGGCGCUGGCUGAAGAGAACCCGCCGCGGUCUCUUUAGAGUGAGGGGCUGGCGGCUGGGUAUGGAGAGCGGCCCCGGGAGCCUGCAGCCGCUAGAACACGGGGUGGCCGCCGAGCCAGCGCCAGGGACAGGUUCUCCGCAGGAAGGGCAACCGGAGACCAGGCUCGCCGCUGGGGAUGGUCCUGGAGUAUGGGCGGCGGAGAGCAGCGGCGGGAAUGGGCAGGGGGCGGCGGCCGCCGGAAGGAGCCUCUUGGACUCGGUUUCUCCCGCCGGCUCUCCUCAGGUUCCCGGACCCUGCAGCUCCUUCCCGGGCUUGGACUUAAAGGAGAGCGAUUUGAAGAAUCCUUCCGCCCAGAAGACGCCUCCGAGAGGGCAGCACAAGGUGACCGCCUCUCCGGAGACAGCCGAGGCCGGAGCGGACCAUGGAUCGGGUCCGGCCGGAGACGCCGGCCCCCGCCCGGAUGCCGCCGGCACCUGCCGGGCAGAGUUGGCGGCCGCCGGGUCCGAGGAGCCCAGCAGCGCUGGCGGCCUCAGCAGCAGUUGCAGCGACCCGAGCCCUCCUGGGGAAUCGCCGAGCCUGGACUCCCUGGAGUCGUUCUCUAACCUGCAUUCUUUCCCCAGUAGCUCUGAGUUUAAUAGUGAGGAGGGAGCGGAGAACAGGGUCUCUGGGGAGGAGGAGGAGGAGGGCGCGGGCGCGGCGGUGUUGCCCGGGGCUGUGCCUCUGUGCCGAGAAGAGGAGGAGGAGGAGGGGGAGGAAGCUCAGGUACUGGCAGCCUCCAAGGAACGCUUCCCGGGACAGUCUGUCUAUCACAUCAAGUGGAUCCAGUGGAAGGAAGAGAACACGCCCAUCAUCACUCAGAAUGAGAAUGGACCCUGCCCUUUGCUGGCCAUCCUCAAUGUUUUGCUUCUGGCCUGGAAGGUGAAACUUCCACCGAUGAUGGAAAUCAUAACUGCUGAACAGCUGAUGGAAUAUUUAGGAGAUUACAUGCUUGAUGCAAAGCCUAAAGAAAUUUCAGAAAUUCAACGUUUAAACUAUGAGCAGAAUAUGAGUGAUGCUAUGGCAAUCUUGCACAAACUACAGACAGGCUUGGAUGUAAACGUAAAAUUCACUGGUGUUCGAGUAUUUGAGUAUACACCAGAAUGCAUUGUAUUUGAUCUUCUUGAUAUUCCUUUGUACCAUGGGUGGUUAGUGGAUCCACAGAUUGAUGACAUUGUAAAAGCUGUUGGUAACUGCAGCUACAACCAACUAGUGGAGAAGAUCAUCUCUUGUAAGCAGUCAGACAAUAGUGAGCUCGUUAGUGAAGGCUUUGUAGCUGAGCAGUUUCUAAAUAACACAGCCACUCAACUGACAUACCAUGGAUUAUGUGAACUAACUUCAACGGUUCAGGAAGGAGAACUUUGUGUGUUCUUUCGGAAUAAUCAUUUUAGCACCAUGACCAAAUACAAGGGUCUACUGUAUUUGCUGGUAACAGACCAGGGGUUUCUUACUGAAGAAAAAGUUGUUUGGGAAAGCCUACACAAUGUGGAUGGUGAUGGAAAUUUCUGUGACUCAGAAUUUCAUCUGCGGCCUCCUUCAGAUCCUGAAACCGUAUACAGAGGACAGCAAGACCAGAUAGAUCAGGACUACCUUAUGGCAUUAUCUCUACAACAAGAGCAGCAGAGCCAAGAGAUCAAUUGGGAACAAAUACCUGAAGGAAUCAGUGAUUUAGAACUAGCAAAGAAACUCCAAGAAGAAGAGGAUAGACGGGCUUCUCAAUAUUAUCAGGAACAGGAACAAGCAGCAGCAGCUGCUGCUGCUGCUUCUACACAGGCCCAGCAAAGCCAGCCAGCACAAGCCUCUCCAAGUAGAAGACAACCUGGGAAUAGUGAACGUAAACGAAAGGAACCUCGAGAAAAAGAUAAAGAGAAAGAAAAGGACAAAAAUAGCUGUGUCAUUUUGUAACAAGUGUUGGAUUCUGUUGGAUGCAUCUAUAUGUCUUGAGAAACAAAACCACAGGAGGAAAGGAAGAAAAACCGAUAAAUACCGUCUGUGCCUGAUUUCCCAAUGGAUUUUGUUCAUGUUUUUCAGGGGAAAGGUUGUUACUUAGUUACAAUCAGACUUUUUCAAGUCACACAGUACACUCUUUAUGAGCUGGAGUUUCAUGUUACAAGUUGGAAAUGCUGUGUGUUAUCAUUCAUGAAAAAUACUGCACUUGUAGCCAAAUAAGCAAAUCACAGCAAAUUUUGUGUCAUAGUGACAUUCAUAACUCAUAUCAGUUAGUAAGCUAUUUUAUCUUCUGUUCUAACAAUGAAUGGAGGUAACUUAUUUUGUCUGAUUCCUUCCUGAAAUCUAAAUAUUAGCACAAUAGUUUCUGAAAUUAAUUUUUACAAUGUUAAAUUAUGAUCUAAUCCAAGAGAAACCAGGGGUUUAAUAUAGGGAUGUAAAAAGAAAAAAAACAAAAACAAACAACAAAAGAACCGAGACAAAAAAUAACAAAUCAAUAACCCUUCAUCCUGUAUUGGACUAGUUCAGCCCUUGAACAGCUUUACCUUUCUUUAGGAAUGUACAUUUUAGAUAUUAUCUUGAGAACUGAUAACGGAGCUUGGGUUUAAUUUAGAUAGAAAAAAAUAAUUUGUAUUUCUUUUCCAAUAGCAAAAAAUUGCAUAACACUAAUACUCAUAUUCUAUCAAAAUCAGAUAUUAAUGACUUUGUAGUGUUGUGAAAUUUUGAGGAAUUUUGAAAUCUUUAAUAUAGGUAACUUGUACUACAGUUACUAUUUAUUGACAGUGUGAUAACUGAGUAUAAGAAGGAAACCAGAGUGGAUGCUAGGCCUUGUAAAUAUGGGAUGUAGAAAAGCAGAUAGUUCAAUGUCUACCUUUUUCUAGAAUUACCUUGAACCUUAAAAUUUAAAUCAUGUUUAUUUGCUGGAAAAUUAAGUAUACUUAUUAAAGCCAACAAAACACAUUUCUGAAAGGAAGAGAAAUAAUCUCUGAGCCUAGUGAAAAAGCAUUAAUAAAAAUCUGUUUGAAAAUAGAUAAGAAUUGGGAGGAAUUUAUGUAAAAGCAAUCAGAUUUUUUUUUAACUUAUGGGAACCAAAUAGGCCUGUAACAUCUUGUAGUGUUUAUAGGAUUCAGAAAGAAAUAUUUAUUGAACUUUAUUAUGAGGCAACACAUAUUUUCCUGCAUUUCUACUAUCCUUAAUAGUCCUUUUUAUAUGCUUUAUAUUUAAAAGUUUGUUUUAGUUAUUUUUGAAAAGACUAUUGCUGCUGCAAGUAGUUAUGUGAUUUACAUUCUAAGCCUCAGUAAAUUUGUUUAAGAGCAUCUUAAUCUAACCUGAGCAUCCACUUGGAGAAUGUUCAUGUGGUCUAGAGUUCUUAAGCUAUGUCCUUAACAUUCUCCAUGAUCCAAGACCACUUAUACGAUGAGUCUAUAUGUAAAAAUAAAAAGUAAAGUCUUAUUUAUGGAAGGAAUUAUUCUAAGGGAAAAAUCCAGGGUCAAGCUAUAUCUUUUAUGUCAUGUCCUUCUGCAUUGCAUGUCUGGUUAUGUUAUACCAUUUGUUUAUUCCUUCAGAUUUCCUAUGCUAGCAUGAUAAAUCAUCAUAGAAUCUGUUUGGGGUAUAAAACGUUGAUACAAAAUAUUUGGUGAGUCUCUAGUUAAUAACCUACAAUAUGUGUACAUUGGUAAAGUAAUCAGAUGUACUACAGAAUUCUCUGUUGGCUCAAGCAAGUUGACCUUAGUCCAAGUUUACUCUUGAUAUCACUAUCACUCUAUUGGUUGAAGGAGGAAACUCAAACCUCAGGGUUUGUUUUUCCUAGAACAGAUAGUAGUGAUAGUGCAUUAUAUUUUAAUAAGAAAAAGCAAAACAGUAAAUCCGGAGAAAUUUUAAAAAGCAUAUUUGAGGCAUAUUUUUCCAUAAUUAUAUACUUAUCUAUUUAUUACCCUUGAAAAAUAUAUGUGUAAAAGUUAUUCUGUUAUUUGUUACUAUCUUCUUAAUUUGUUCCAAAGAUAAUACUGCCAUUCUGCAUUCCCUUUGGAAGAAAAAAAAACUCACUCAAAACCAGCAGUGCUGCUAUCAGAUAAGUAGAUGUCAAUGUGUACUUAUAAAAAAUAACUAAAAAAUGUCAUGUGUUUGUUAAUUCAACCUUUUUUCUAUGUAAUAUUUCCAAGUCAGACUUUCUUACAUUCCUGGAAUUCAGUUUAAUAUACCAAGAGUAAUUAAUGAUAAAAUGUUUGCUUUGAUUACUGUGAGGAAAAAAUUAAAUGUUCAGUUCUAUUAAAACAAACUUCUUGGA